UUCACUCACUGCAAACUGAAGAAACUAAGAUGGGGUUUACUGCUAAAGAUGAAAUUGAAGGCAACUUCAAAUUCAACUCUGAUAGGCUGCAGGAUCUCAAAGCAUUUGAUGAAAGAAAAGCUGGUGUUAAAGGCCUUGUUGAUCAAGGUAUUCUCAAAAUCCCAACCUUAUUUCACCAUCCACCUGAUAAGUUUUCAAAGUCCACAAAUUCAACCAACACACAACACAUUAUUCCUAUUAUAGACUUAGCAAAUAUUGGCAAAGAUCCAAAUACAAGGCAAGAAAUUAUAAGCAAAAUAAAGGAAGCAUCUGAGACAUGGGGUUUCUUUCAAGUGGUUAAUCAUGGUAUUCCUAUAAAUGUUCUUGAGGAUAUGAAAGAUGGAGUGAUUAGAUUCUUUGAACAAGAUAUUGAAGUGAAGAAAGAGAUGUAUACUAGAGAUCAAACAAGGCCAUUGGUUUAUAAUAGUAAUUUUGAUUUGUAUAGUUCACCAGCACUUAAUUGGAGGGAUACUUUUAUAUGUGACUUUGCACUUAAUGCCCCCAAACUAGAAGAUUUGCCAGUAGUAUGCAGGUUGUUGUUCCCAAAGAAUCAGUUCGGAUUGAAAAGGGAUAUACUUAUGGAAUAUGGAACACGUCUAAUGAAACUUGGAACAAUACUCUUUGAAUUACUAUCAGAAGCUCUUGGAUUGCAUUCAAACCAUUUAAAGGACUUAGAUUGUUGUGAAGGGAACAUAUUACUUGGUCAUUACUAUCCUGCUUGUCCUGAACCAGAUUUAACAAUGGGAACCACCAAACAUUCUGAUGGUAGUUUUCUCACAGUGCUUCUCCAAGACCAUAUUGGUGGUCUUCAAGUUCUUUACCAAGAAAAGUGGAUCGAUGUACCACCGGUACCCGAGGCUCUUGUUGUUAAUAUUGGUGAUCUUCUGCAGCUUAUAACAAAUGAUAAAUUCAAGAGUGUUGAACAUAGAGUACUGGCAAAUGACAUUGGUCCAAGAAUAUCUGUUGCAUGCUUUUUCAAGGCAGGACUUAGAGCACAUGAAAAGCUUUAUGGACCUAUAACAGAAUUAUUAUCAGAAGACAACCCUCCCAGAUAUAGAGAAACCACGUUUGCUGAUUAUGUAGCCUACUUAUGUGCAAAAGGGCUUGAUGGCACUUCUGUUCUUCAACAUUUCAAGCUUUGAGUUGGAAAAUAAUAACAAUUUUCAAUAUGAUUGUAGAGCAAAAUUAUCUGGACUUGGAAUUUUUGCUAUGCUUAUGUCUUCAAAAUAAUACAUUGCCAAGUA